UUGUUCUCAAGGUUUUAUACUUUUGUUGUUUUGUUUCAAAUAUACAAUUUUCAAUUUGUUCUUGCAAAAGAACCAGUUUGUUCAAAAUUUGCUUACGAAGAACAACUUUUAGAGAAAAUGAUAAGGACUGAAAUUAAAGUAGAAACCAAACGAAAUUAAGACGACACAAGAGACUGUCAUGGACACUUUAGGCGUCAUUAAAAAGACUGUUCAAGAAUUCACGGGCAAGUUUGAUAUCUUGAAUAUCAACAUCACGGGACAAAUGUUAGAGAACACUCAACUUAUUGAGAAGAAAAUAAAGUUCUUCGAGAAGUUGUAUGAAGCAGUUCGAGUGAAUUUUACGCAAGAAAUUGAAAACCAAAGAAACAGUGUUGUCGCAUUGCAAGGAAAAUAUGAACGACCUACUGUUGCAUUUUGUGUUCAUAAGGUUACAGAUGUUCUCCUGGAUACAUCAAACGAGGUGAUUGUAUUUAAUAGCAUCAUCACAAACGAAGGAUCUGGAUACGAUACUUCAACAGGAAUCUUCACAGCCCCUGUUGCGGGUUUGUACCAGUUUGCUGUCCAUCUUUGUACACCAAUAUCUUAUUACACCUAUGUAGGAAUAUAUCAUGAAGGAAAAAUCAUCGUAAAAGAUUACAUUCAUGGUGUUGGACAACAUGCCAUGUGCAACUCUGUAGGAGGUGUGGUAAGAGUUGAAUCAGGGGAACAGGUUUGGGUCCAGUCACGAUCUGCUGGGUCUAACCGCAAACUAACUGAUGACAAUAGUAGAAUGAACACGUUCUUCGGAAUACUGAUUGAUAGCUAG